AUGGAUGGGGCGCAGCAAGAUGGUGCUGCCGGCUGCGACCCCGUCGCCGCUGGAGCGGUCCUUGGGGUCCUGAGGAAGGUGGGCCUCACAGGCCCUAGGCUGGCUCUCCAGAUAGGAGAGGAGGCCGAUGUGGCCAGACAGGCCGCUGAGAGGGCCGGGGUGCCUUUUGAUGAGUGGGUGGUGGACUUGGUCAAGGCCCAGGUCAAAGCCGCCUACGACACAGUAGAGCUGGAGGCCAGACUGGAGGGUAGUGCAAAGACCCCGGGUGCCCAAGCCGUGGACGACGCAGUGGCGAGCAUCACGAAGGCCGCACAGUCGCAGGCAGCUGAACCGACUGGGCCUCCAAAUCGGCCAUCAGUAGAAGUCCCCAAAAGGGGUAAGCUAGCCAAGUUGCCGAAGGGGGUUUCCUUGGCAAGUAGCACAGGGAAUAUGGAAGAAGAGAAGGUGGUGCAGCUUCUCUUCGAGGAGCUAUCACUGAUGGGGGCCCCCAUCGUCGCACAGAUUGGGGGGACCUCCAAUCCAGAGAGGGCCAGGCAAGCCUUGCUUGGGAAGUACAGGGCCUCGACAGCCAAGAGGUACUUGGCGUACUGGCAAGGCUUUCGCAAGUGGAUCUGCGCCACGACGAGCAGCUUGCCCUACCGGGGCGAACAACUGGUGGAUUACCUCCUAGCAAGGGAGGAGGAAGGGAUGGGCGCCACAGUGCCCUUAUCCGUUGGAAAGGGCGUCGCGUGGUUUGAGAAGCUGGCAGGGUUUGAGGAGGACCAGAUGAUGAGCUCAUCCCCGUUGGUGGACACGGUGGUGAAGGACCUGCUGAGGAAGCUAGAGGACAAAGCUCCACCAAGGCGGAGGGCACCCAGAAUGCUUUCAGCAUUUGUCCCAGCCCUGGAAGCUCUGGUCAUGGACAAGGCCAAGGAGGAGAGGCUGAGGGCAGGGGCAUGGGUUAAGCUCCUGAAAAUCUGGGCGUCCCUGCGCUUUGAUGAUAUGGCGCAUAUGCGCUGGGACAUGGUGUGGGUCUAUGACGGGAAGCUGUCAGGCCUACUGAAGCGGACCAAAACCACCGGAGGUGGCAAGCGUGUCAAGGAGCUCCCCUUCCACGUGGCUGCAGAUGCGUGGGUUGGGGAGGUUAGCUGGUUGGAGGUUGGGAUACAACUCCUGGGAGGCCCCAGGGGGAAGACAGCCGAGCUUGUCAUCCCGGCGGGUCUGAGCCAGGGUGAAGCCUGUGAAGGUGUGGUGAUGACCUACCAAGAGGCAGUUGCUUGGAGCGCCGAGGUGUUGCAGGAGCUCAGAGAUGAGAAGGGAGAUCCUCUCAUCCCUCAUGGGUGGGAGCGGUACUGGACAGAACAUAGCGAAAGAGCAACUUUGUCCAGCGCCCUGGCAGCAGUGGGAGUCGCAAAGACGGAUCGCGACCUUUUGGGGCGUUGGACUCCUGAGGGUUCAGACCAGUACGUGAGGACGUACAACUCAGUGGUUGGCAAGCUCCAGGUGAAGUAUGCGGAACCUGUGAGAGAUGGAUAUGGAUAUGAAUCCUUCGAUGAGGGGGCAGUGCUGGAAGGCCUGAAGACUUGGCUGACGGAAAAGUGGUCAGUCAAUCCAGAUGAGGCGAAUGCCGCCGUUGAGGCAUGGAAGAGGAAGCUGAGGGCGGUGGCUGGCCUGCCUGAUCCCCCCAAGGAGGAGGUGAGCAUGUGGGGCAGUGAGCCCGUGGGACCGGUGGAGGAAGAGGAGUCUUCCUCCAGCUCCUCGGAUAGCUCCACAUCGGAAGGAGCGUCGGGUUCCACUGCAAAGAGGCCCAGGAUGGAAAAGCUGGAGAGCGAGAGGCCAGCUGGCUACAUCGAGGUGUACAACCGGAUCAACCGUGGGAAACUCCACAGGGCUGGCAGAGAGGGAUGCUGGAUGGCGAGGCAAAGAAAGUUCAAGAAGGCAGCAACCUUCAGUGAGCAGCCGGAUGAAAACGCAUACACAUCGCGGUGUAGGUUGUGCUGGCAGGAUCUCAAAUGGGAUUCCUCGUCCAGCGGCUCCGAGGAUGAGAUCUUGGAGGGGGCAGCCAUGCCGCCGAUAGUGCUCACGGAGGAGCAGCAAGCUGCUGCUCUGAGGAGGGGCAGUGCAGAUUUGAAGUUUCUCUUCGAUCGCAACGAAGUGCCGGCUGAGGUUGCGGCGAAGUGGUUUCACUCAGGGGUAACCACCCUUGAGAAGUUCGCAAAUAUAGCCAAGGACGUAGAUGACUUGGUGGAGGUCCUGAAGGCUCAUCUGGACAUAGACCAGUCUAGGACACUGGAGGAGAGGGUCCAGGUUGCAGCAGUGUCCUGUGCCUGGGCAAAUGCCCGUACACGUGUCCAGAGGGCCGCGGAAGUUGAGGCAGAGCUGGAUACAAAGGAGUGGAGGAAGCCCGUAUCCACAUCAGAGUGGUUGGCGAUGCGGGUAGGCCUUGAGAAGGUAGUAGGUGCUCUUGACGAGCGCCUGACUCCAGCCAAGGAGUUCAUCGAAAAGAAGCUCCAAGAAGUGGAGUCGGGAGACUACCGGGCAGAGGAUCUGACUGAGGUAGUCAGCCGGGAGGAGGUGGAUCCGGAUAGCCUGGUCCCCCAAUGGGAUGCAAAGGGCAACAUCACAGUGCGGAGAGGGGCGACUAGGGUCAGGGAGCCAAAGAACCCUGAAGCGCUGCGCCAGCGUUUGACCCUCCUCCGGAACGCAUUCCAGAUGCUUUCCCUCCGCCAUACGAACAGGCCUGAGCUCCAAGGAGAUUAUGUGAAAGCCUUUGAGGAUUACAAGGACUACUUGAUGGGGGAGCACGUGUACGGCUUGAACGCUAAGGAUGCUGAGGGAAUGACGAUUGCCGCUCCCCCAUUCAACUUGGUCCUCUCGUAUGAGCGGGCGGUCAGAAAGGAGGCGGCUCGGAGGAUGAACCAGGAAGGAGUGGCAUUCCCUGCAGCCCUCCGGGCGGCGUGGCGGGAUCCCUUGACCAAGGAGAGGCAUUUUACCACGCCUCUUGCGCUGGUGGCAAAGAGGCCGAGUGCGCCAACCAGUGGGUCGGGAGGUGACCUGGCAUCAAAGAAGCCGCGCUUCGAGCCCAAAGGGGGCAAAGGGAAAGGAGCGGGUAAGGCCAAGGUGCUCACGGGCUGCGCCACGCACAACCGGGACGGAACUCCCAUUUGUUACAGGUUCAACACCGUGGGAGAAAAGUGCAAGCAGAAGAAGUGCAAGUUUGCACAUCAAUGUGGCAUUUGCUUUUCGGAGAAGCAUGCCAUGUUCCAGUGCACGGUGGCUACAAGGAAGAGGCGGAAUUCAUUGGCAUGGUUCGUCAAAAAGUUGGCGAAGAAGUUUCACUUCGUGGUAGAAGUCAUUGAACUGGACCUCUGGCAUAGCCGUAAGGUCGACUUCACCCAACCAAAAGUGCAGAGCAAGUGGUUGCGUUUCAUAGACGCAGGGGCGGCAGACGCCCUGGUUAUCACCCCGCCCUGCAGCACCUUCAGCAGGGCACCGUGGGCAAAUGAAGAGGGCCCCUACCCUCUGAGAUCCUCGCUGUGCCUGCGUGGGUUCACUUGGAAUUCAGGCCACAGGCGCCAGAAGGCGGAGUUGGGCAACAUCCUUGGAGAUUUUGCCUUCGAGGCAAUGAAGCGUCAGCUGGCGCACAAAGACAAGGUGGCAUACAUGGAGCAACCGGAGGAUCUCGGCAAGACCAAGCAGGACCGAAUCCCCGGCCACCGGCCUGGAUCCAUGUGGCAGUUUCCUCAACAUGCCCAGCUGAUGGAUCUACCUGGGGUUGUUAGCGCCGCAUUUGCGCAGUUGGACUUUGGCUCCGACAGUGUCAAACCCACAAGGCUGCUGAUGAAGACUUCGGGGCCCCUCCACCCAGAGAUGUACACAGGGCCGCCAGUCUUUGAUGAAGCAGGCUGGUACAUGGGCCCGUUGCCCCGCAAAGAGGGAGUCCCCCUCAUUGGGAAGGUGAACGGAGUCUUCAAAACUUCUGAAGCGGCAGCAUGGCCCCCUCGGCUUUGUGAAUGGGUGGCGGAACAAGUCUUGACCUCGUUCAAACAAAACAGUGAGGCAGGGGAAAGUCAAGAGGGCAAUACAGGGAAGAGGGCAGCCCAUGACGACCCUCAGAAGGAAGAAAAGCGGCCAAAGCUUGGCCCUGGGAAAAAGGAGGCUGGAGAAGACACAGACCCCUUCAACCCUCCGGUGAAAGGAGGAGUGGGCCCCCCGCGAGCCUGUAUCUGGAAAGGCAACAGGAUCCCUUUUCAUGAUGGGGGAUGCCUGAUGUCCCCGGGGCGCUGGAAUAUCCCAAAGAGGACCUUUCCGGACGGAGAGGAUUGGCAGCAGUUGAGGAAGAGGCUUAAAGGGCUGGUUACAGACGCGGCUGGAGGCGAUGCGGGGCUGGAAAAGGAGUGCUUCGCGAUGUCAAGGGGAGAGGCGGGGUGCAAGCUGGCUCAGAAUGAGGACCUUAGGAAUAGCAUCCUGGGCGUUUUGGAGGAGUUUUGCCAGCCCGCCGAAGGCCUAAGGCAGGUGGCUGAGGGCCAACCCUUCAGGCUCAGACUCAUGAGGGCCGUCUUGGAGAAGGCUGCGGAUGGGGACUGUCAGUUCCUGGAGAUGGCUGAAGAAGGGUUCCCGGUUGGAGUGCUCAACCCCCUGCCCCGCACCCCGGCUGCUUUUGAGAGGCAGGUCGACUGGACGCUCCAGUUUGACCCGGCCGACGCCUAUGUCCUUGAAAGGGCAAACUACCCCUCGGCCAGAGAACAUGAGGAGCAUUUGAGGGAGCACCUGGAGGAAGAGGUGAGAGAGGGCCUGGUUGAGAAGAUGACGAGGGAGCAGUUUGAGGAGGAGUUUGGUGAGGCCAGGGCCGUGGCAUCGCUAGCGGUUCUGGUAGAAGAUGAGGUGUCUGGAAAGAAGCGGGUCAUUCAUGACGGCUCCCAUGGGGUGAAAGUGAACCACAGGAUCUGUUGCCUGGAUAAGCUGAGGAUGCCAGGUGGACGCGAAAAGAGGUUCCUGCUGGGUCAAUUCAGGAGGGCGAAGGACGUGGUGUUCUCACUCAUAGGGGACUUUGGAAAGGCCCUGCUCUAUGCAGAUGACCUUGAGACUAUGGGUGUCGGCAAGGAGGGACGGAGAUGCCAGGUGCUGCUAUUUGUCCUGUUGGCAGCCUUCGGCUCGCCGUUCAAGUGGAAGAAGCAAAGGGGUGGCCUGGUCACCGAAUGGAUUGGGCUGACAACGGACUACGGGUCGUACUCCCUUGGGUUGUCGGAAAGAAGGGCAGGCUGGCUGGUUGACUGGAUCGGCCGUGUCUGCCAGAGGAAGUUGGUUUGGCCUGGUGAGUUUGCCUCAUGCUUGGGGCGUCUGGGUUUUGCAGCAACGGCCCUCCCAUGGGAGAAGCCAUUCCUGGGGCCGCUUUACACGUGGGCAGCAGCAGUCCGCGAGCAGAAGGGUGAGGUUGUGGUGCCCUGGGCGAUUUUGUCCAUCCUGGAUCGGAUCUCCCUGAGGUUGAAGGGGGGUGGCCGGAUGGAAAUGGUGGCAGAGGAGGCCCCGUUGGCAGCAGGGGCAGUAACCUGCUAUACUGACGCCAGAGCGUCGGAGGAGGAUGCAUGCAUAGGUGGAUAUCUGGCAAUCUCGCCGGACCUGAAGAAGUGCCCCUGGUUUAGUUUUCAGGUGGACGAGACCAUGGCCCCUUGGCUGAGGAAGAGGGGAAACAACCCGAAGCGGAUGAUCGCUGCUCUGGAGCUCCUGGCGACACUGGUGGCAGUAAAGCUCUGGGGCACAAGGGUUGGAGGUGGAAUGACAGCCUGUUUAAAGGCAUUCACUGACAACAAGGGGAACUCGUUUGCCGUGGUGAAAGGGAUGAGCACGAAGUUUCCCCUAACCUUGCUGCUGAUGGAGCUUACGGAAGAGUUGAGGACGCUGGACCUCAAGCUGGAUUUGGAAUGGAUCAGCAGGGAUGAGAACACAAAGGCUGACGCUUUGAGCAAUGAGGAGUGGGGCGACUUCGACGUGAAGAUGAGAGAAGUGAGGAGGCCUGAAGAAAUUGGCUGGAAGGUCUUGGACAAGCUCCAGGAGAGGAGUGAGGAACUCUACAAAGAAAUUCGGGAAUUGAAAGAAAGCCGUGCAAAGGCAAAUUUGCUGAAGCGCGGGAGAGGUGUCCCACCGCGUGGGAAAGGUAGCCUCACCAAAUGGUGA